AUGCAGGGCGACAGGCAGGGCUGGCGCGCCCGCAGUUCUCCCUCCCCGCGGGCAGGGGGCGCUGUCUCGGGCGGGCAGCCCGGAAAGGGCGCUCCUGCCGGUGCCGGGAUCGGCGGCAGCAGUGGGAACAGAGGCGGGAACGGCGGGAAGAGCGGGAUGCAGCCCCGGGAGCGGCCCCGGCAGCGCGGCCCGGCGCUGCCCGCCGCCGUCGGGGCGCUGUGCCGGGCCCUGCCGCCCCGCGGCCGGCCCGCCCCCGACACCCUGCGCCGCGCCAGGUUCGACCGGCCGCAGGCGAGCCUGGACUUCUGGAGGCUGCUGUAUGUGCUUCUGAAGCAGAUCCACAGGGGCAAGUGGACAGAGUCUGAUGCCAUAGGUGACCAGGUGAGCUUUGUGAAGUGGGCACUGUGGUACCACGGCUACAGGCGGCCCCAGCUCCAGCAGCUCCCUGCUGAUGGCUCCAGGGGCAGCCGGGAGCUGCUGCUGGCCUUCUCCUGGCUGCUGCACAGCCUGCACCUCCUGGAGCUGCUGCUGGCUCAGAACAGGCUCCAGACUGGGGAUGAGACCUCUGUGUGCACGUGUGAAGAGGACGUGGCCAGCAGCCAGGAAGGUCCAGGUGAAGCAGGAGCUGAGGACAGGGUGGAUGUUCGCUACCUGCAGUGCUUACAGGGGAGGCUGAGGUUGCAGUGGGGAGCUUUGCACGCUCAGUACCAGGAGCAGUGCAAACUUCUGCACAAGAUCCAUUUAUUCACAAGUGGCUCCCACAUGGACCAGAACCUCGGACAUUUUUCUGUCACAGAAACAGAUCUCAUUAGACACCCAGAGAGCUACAAGCAGCUGUUGCAGCUCCUGGAGUGUGAGACCAUGCAGCUGGAAGCCUUUCUGGAGUGGAAGCAGCUGGAACCAGUGUACUGGCAUUGGAUGGAAACUGUGUUGGAUGAUGUGGCUGAAGAGGGGGGCAUGUGUGAGCCCCAGGAUGCUCAUGAGGAGAAGAGAAGGCAGCCAGAGGUGAGCUCCUGCUGCCCCUGGGCUGACAGGCUGGCUGGACAGAUGGACAGAGUAUCCAGAGACCUGCUGGCUCUCCAGGAGCAGCUGCAGCAGCUCGUGGCUCAGAGAAGGGCUGCCUGGUGGGAGAAGGUGGCAGCAGGAGAAGAACUACAGAAGGAGAAGUUCUCUGCCAGUGCCAGAAAGAUCCAGGAAAGCGUUGAACUAAAGCUGAGAGCUCUCCAACGCCUUGGUGCUCCAAGGAAGAACCAGAGGCACGGUUCAUGCAGGCUGGUGCUGAGGAGCAAAGCCCCUGGCACUGCUGGGAGUACAGAAACCAAGCAGGAGGCUUGGAGGGAGUGA